AUGCGGAAAGUGAUCGCCGUAGACGCGACAUCUCUUAAAACAUCAUACAAAGGAUUCUUGAUUGUCGCCACAGCCCAAGACGGUAACCGAAAUCUGUAUCCUCUAGCUUGGGGGAUAGUUGAUACAGAAAAUGAUGCUUCAUGGAAUUGGUUUAUGAAAAAAUUGGUAGAAGUGAUUCCUGAUAGCAAUGACAUGGUUGUGAUCUCCGAUCGACAUCAAAGCAUAUCAAAUGUUGUUCGUGAUGUGUACAAAAGAGCUAAACAUGCAUAUUGUGCAUAUCACAUCUCCCAAAACAUCAAGACACUAGUGAACAAAGGAGUACGAGGUAAAAGGAACAAAAAUGGAGAUAGUGUUGCUGGGAUGUUCUAUAAAUGUGCUGAGAGUUACAUAGAAAAAGAGUUCACCAUUCUGUGGGGUGAAUUCUGCGACAGGUUUCCGAAAGUUGCUGAAUAUUUGAAGAAGAGUGUUGAACCUGUUAAAUGGGCAAGAUGUUAUUUUCCGGGAGAAAGAUACAACCUAUUGACAACUAAUGGUGCGGAGACAAUCAAUUCUGUAUUGAGGAAGGCGAGAACGUUACCUUUGCUCGGUUUGAUUGACGUGAUUGUGGAUAAAACAGUGGAAUGGUGGUGUAAACGCAGGACACGCGCAUUUUCAAGUACACAACAACUAACACCAUAUGUGGAGAAAGAAUUGCAUAAGCGGUAUAGAUCUUCCAAGGUAUUUACUAUUCGAGAGAUAAAUCGCAAUUGGAAAGAAUACGAAGUCACUGAUGAUAGUGGGAAAACAUAUUUCGUUGAUCUACAAAAGAAGUCUUGCGAUUGCAGAGAGUGGGAUGUUGAUAAAUAUCCAUGUUCUCAUGCAAUAAAAGCUGUGCAUGAACAUGGUGAAAAAGACAAGUUAUUUGACUAUUGUUCACCAUACUAUACAAGGGCAACAUGGGAAUGGGCGUAUGUUGAUAGCAUAUAUCCAGUAUCUGAUAUUUCUCACUGGAAUAUCCUUGAGCAUGUAGCGGAGAUGAAAGUGGAUCCUCCUAUUUUAAGACAACGAGGUGUUGGUCGACCGAUAACGAGUCGAAUCAAAAGUGCCGGAGAAAAACGGCGAAAGAAAAGAAGAUCAAGGAUGACUCCAUGUGAUUCAGAUGACUCAAAUGGGACACAGUCAAACAAAAGGAAGAAGACGGGAAAAGCAAUGGAGAUAUAG